GAGGUAUUCAGUUUUUCGGUAAACUAAACAAGCAACUUAAACAUGUCUGGAAGAGGAAAGGUCGGUGGCGGAAAAGUGAGGGCGAAGGCAAAGACUCGCUCCUCCCGUGCUGGACUCCAGUUCCCCGUCGGCCGUGUCCACAGGCUGCUGAGGAAGGGAAACUACGCUCAGCGUGUCGGUGCCGGAGCUCCGGUGUACCUGGCCGCCGUGCUGGAGUACCUCACCGCUGAGAUCCUGGAGUUGGCCGGAAACGCCGCCCGUGACAACAAGAAGACCAGAAUCAUCCCCCGCCAUCUGCAGCUGGCCGUCCGCAACGACGAGGAGUUGAACAAACUGCUCGGUGGAGUCACCAUCGCUCAGGGAGGCGUCCUGCCCAACAUCCAGGCCGUCCUGCUGCCCAAGAAGACCGAGAAGGCCGUCAAGGCAAAAUAAAUCUUCAUCAACAGAAACAACACAACGGCUCUUUUAAGAGCCACCCACCUUCUUCUACAGAGCAAACUCCAAACAACUUAUCUUUAUCAAAAUGUAUAGGUCUUUACUAAAUGUAGAUAUUUACAUUUUAAUCACAAUUCAUACAAAUGAAAUUAAACCUUCACACACAUGCAACUAAUUGUGUAACAGUGACAUCUGCUGUUUACUCAAAGCAGCUUGUGGCGCCAAAACGAGACAAUAGAGCCAUGAGUUUAUAUUUUUAUAGGUUUUUUUUCUUAAACAUUAAUCACUAGUUCUUUAUGAAUUUCCCCUUGAGAAUGAACCAUUUUUGUUACAUGAGCCUUACAGGUGACAACAAGGCUGCAUCUACGAUUCAUGACAUCUACAGUUUAUAUAGUCCUAUUUACAAAGAUUAAACUAUCAAAUGUUACACUUUAAAAAUAGCAUAAAUAUAAAAGGCAUGAAAGCAGUGAUUAAUCACACAAUAAUACAUAAAGCAAUAAGGAACAACAAGGUGAAGAGAGAUACUAGCUACUUUACAUUAUGCUCGGUAAAAAACAGAAACACAUUUGUAUUGAAUGUUUUAUUUAUAUUUGGAACCAGUUUAACCGUCUCACCAUGCUCGAUUCUCAGUGUUAUUACCAAAAUCAGAUGUUUAUUGGUUGUAUUCAACACAUACAGGAUAUAAAAUAAUCCCAUUAUUAUGUCUUUUAUUGAUAUAUGUAAAAAAAAUAAAACAGGAACGAAAGGAAUCACCUGUUAUUCAGGAGCCAACUCGUUAAUAUUUAGUAAUAUAUUGACCAAUGAUGAAUUAAUUAAUUACUGUUGACAGGGAGUAAUAAUAAUUAGAAGUAAAGUAAUACUUUUUUUUUUUAGUAUUGAGUAACUAGCCCAACACAGUAACAUACCGGAUGGACAACUUCUCUGUAUUUAAUCACUUUAUUGCUUAUUAUACAGUUGUUUGUGUUGUUUUUUAAUGUGAAAUCUCAAUAAAGUUUAAUAAAUAAGAAA